AUGGCUUCCCAAACCAGUGCUAAUCCCUUCGGAUAUCCUACGCCCUCCGACACUCGUCGUCAUGGGAGGUGGUGGUCACGUCCUAUAGUGACUAUGCCAGCAACUGGGGAUCGUGCUGCCACUUUCAAGGAAUCUGCGGUUUACUUUUCACCCCUUUUAGGCAGCUUAUUCACUGCCAUGGCCAUGUUCUUGAUCUUCUUGUUCACAGACAAAGCAGACCAACACGCAAAAUUCUCCAUCCAAUCCAUAGCCAUCUCUCCAUCGACCGCCACGUAUCACGUGGACUUCCUCGUAAGAAACCCUAGCUCGAGAUAUUCUAUCUAUUACAACGACCCUGAUGCUUCAGUGAGGUUCGGUGAUGUAAACGUCGCGGUUUUUUACAUCGUUCAUGAGCGUAAGUAUGGAGAUCACACGGCUUUCUCGUUGGUCUUCGAUGCUGGAGAAUUAAUAAAUGGAACCGACGACGUCGAGCUUCACAUCAAACUUAGGGGGAUGCAUAAGCGUUACAUAGAUUAUGAUGAAGCUGGACAUUUUGAUAUCAGAUGUCAGAAUUUGUCCCGAAGCAAAGAAAACAUUGAGAAGAUUAAUUGUCAUUCAUAUUUUACACAGUUGAGGAUGCUUAUUUAA